UAAUGAUGAUAAAAAAAAAUAUCAAGAGUCAACAAACUGUAAAGAAAACACAUAUGUUUGUUUUACUCGUUCAAGUGACUGAUAAGAAUGAUUAUUAAAAAUUUUUAGAUGGAAUAACGGUAUUUAACUAAAAAAGAAAAAAAUCAUUUUGUAUCAGUUGUUGACGUGGUAUUUCCAAUAAUUGAAUUGAUCAAUCGGUUAUCAUAUUUUUUUGGAGCAAAGAUUAACUCUAAAAUAUUAUAUACUUGUUGUGAAAAAAUUGUGGGUGAUUUAAUAAUAAAUAAUGCCAUCACAAGUUUAUGAAUUUAAUGUUGAAAUGACAUGUGGAGGAUGUUCUGGUGCUGUUGAAAGAGUACUAGGAAAAAAAGAUGGAGUGGAAGAUAUCAAAAUUGAUCUACCAGCUAAAAAAGUAUUUGUAACAUCAACACUACCAUCAUCAGAAAUAUUGGAGUGUAUUAAAAAGACUGGCAAAACAACAACAUUCAUUGGAACAACAUGUUAAAAAUAACAACAACAAAUACUAUUAUUAUUUUAAACAAUCGGACAAAAUCGAAAAAAAUGUUUUGAAAAAUAAUUACAUCACUUUUUAUAUAUUAACAAUAAAAAUAAAAAAUUUUAUCUGAUGAAUUAAUAAGAGUUUUAAUUAUUUAUAAACAUAUCCAAUAAUUCAAUAAACAAUUUAACAAUAAAAAUAUUUUAAUUCGAUAUAAAUAAAUUUAUUAAUUUUACAAAUUAAAAAAUAUUUGAAAAAAAAAAUUGAUUACCAAAAUAUUUACAAUUUAUUUAUACAAAAAAAAAAAAAAAACGGUAUAAUUAAAAAUUUAUUUACAAUUAAAUAAUAAUUUAUAAAUCUAAUGGACGCAACGAGAAACAAUUAUAUUUUAAAAUAAACAAA